AUUAGAUCGGCAUAUAAAUGUAACAGUAAUGCGGGAAGCUUAAUAUAUUUUACUUUUGAAGCCUGUUUCAACCCUGCCUUCCCCCCUCUUGCUGUCAGUGUAAGAGUCCAAUGGCUAGCUGUUGAAGGAUGCGGCGAAGAUGGCGAUGAAUGUGAAGAAUAGAGGUGCUUAUUUCCAAAAUAAUUACAUAAAUUAUACCUCUCAGCCUCCUAACUAUCGGAGUAACAGUCACUUUGUUCACAGGUUAACAGGUCCUGAUCCCAAAGUGAAACCUGUACUGAAUAUGUGCCAGCAACCACCUUUUCGACCGAUGGCUCCUUCCCAGCCUGACCCUCUCCAGUUCCCCUUGUCUACUUCACUGUCCUCAGGGCCACCUUCCCUGCAGCCGGUCCAGAGAUCCCCUCAUCCUCCGCCACAACCCCCCUGCCCCAAAUCCCUGCCACCCCCCCAGGAAGAGGAGACACAGGCUGUGGGGGAUCAGGACUCUACCUUGGAGGACCUCUGUAGGCCCUUGUACUGCAAGCUGUGCAAUGUCACUCUGAACUCUACACAGCAAGCACAAGCUCAUUACCAGGGUAAAAAUCAUAAUAAGAAACUUCGGAAUUUCUAUGCUGGUAGUCAGCAGCCGCCCCCUCUCAGAGUUCCAGAGGUGGUGGAGCCCCCUGUCCAGCAGCCCCCUCCCCCAGCAACAGUACCAGUGACUCAGUCAGGUUCCUUUAAGGCAGGUAGCCGGGUGAUUCUGGCUACAGAGAAUGAUUACUGUAAGCUGUGCGAUGCCUCGUUCAGCUCGCCAGCUGUGGCUCAGGCCCAUUACCAGGGGAAGAACCAUGCCAAGCGGCUGCGGCUGGCUGAGGCCCAGCAGAGAAGCACUUUCAUAGACACAUCACAAGCAAACCAAAGGCGACCAAGGAAAGAAGGGAACGACUUUAAAAUAAUGAAGACCCGCAGGAAUGCGUAUGUGCCUCAAAGCAUGCUAGGUCCCUACUAUAACCCGCGCCCUCGGCAACGAAUCCCACGGGACUUGGCGAUGUGUGUCACGCCCAGCGGCCAGUUCUACUGCUCCAUGUGCAACUCUGGGGCCAGCGAGGAGGCGGAGUUCCGGCUGCACCUGGAGAGCAAACAUCACAAGAGCAAAGUGUCCGAGCAGCGCUACCGCAGUGAGAUGGAAAACCUAGGCUAUACAUAAAGGGGACUGCAGCUGCCCUGACGUGCACUGCUUACAUAGACAAGGAUCACUAAAAGGUUCACAGGAUCUAGGGGCCAAACGGUACCCUGUCAAGGGACAAGACAAAUUAUUCUCUUCUAGACUACAUCUGGAAGUACUUGCUGGAUCGCUGCUGUUCUCUAUACAGUAACUGCAUGGUGUUGCUGUGUUUUUUUUUUUUUUGUACACACCAGCACCACCUGCUGGUAGGCCAUGAAUCAAACAUGUCCUUCCAGAUUUUCUUUUGCAAGCUGAUGAUGUGUUUUGACCUGAGUUUUAACGAUAUGAUACUAUUUGCACCUGAGAUAAAGUCUUCUAUUUUAAUAGACUGCUUCUCUCAGGAAAAAUCAAGCAAUCUCUCUUGUCAUGUCAGCUGUGAGUUUAGCUGCUUUGGGACCCUUAUAUAAAGUUGGUCCCCACAGCACCCAAUUCAGCAGAUGUUUAGAAAAAAGAAAAAGUAAAUUACACUACAAAAUUCUACCCAACCAGGUACCCUGCUGUGAGGCAAUACAGUUAGCUGGCUUUGCUCACGUGUAUAUAAAAGCAAUAUAUAUAAAAGCAGUUCAUUAUUACAUUUGUGGAAGACCUGUUACGUACUAAAAUAUGUGUGGUAUGACUAACACAAUCUAACCCAGCUAUGUCCUUGCAAAGCCGUACAGUUCACACUUCUUCCUCUGAAGGGAAACCACUUUCCCUUGCUUAUUGAUGAACCAUGGUAAAGCACACAGUUUUAAUUUCUGGCAGGAGAGGUUAUUAUUAUUUUGGAUCAUGUAUCCUUAAUAUAUAUUUUAUUAUGAAUGUGUCAAAUAUUUAUUUGUAACGUUCCAUUUUUAAAGUUUGAAAGAAAAUUAAAAAUGGUAUGUGGAAAACAUAUAACACAAUCUACCCAUACUCAUAAUGAAAACCAAAGCAUUGUGAAAAGUGGGGAAUCCUACUUUAUUUGGAACAUGACAAGACUUGACACUUUGGGGAGCUUGGUGGCACAUCAUCUCCUUCCCUGUCCUUGUGCCUUUUCUCUCUGGAGGCCUGGGUUUGGAUUCAGCUCAGGUAACAGUGAAAUGAGUUUGGUGGUGGUCUACACCCAGCCCAUCAUAAAUCCACUCCACGAUUAGUAGUCUUUGUUUGAGUUAGACCCAGAAGCAAGGUGGAUGCGAGGGGAAGCUCUCUUGUAGUCUGCUGGCCUAGCUGUAGUCGGUAUCAAAAGCUUGCAACCUUCCGGUUCCUGAGGUCAGUUCAUAGGUCAUUGGCCUUCAGGUUAUGAAAGGUACAACAGGCAGAGCUAUUUGGUAGCUUUAGUUUUUUCUUGUUAGGAGACAAAGGGCAACACAGUUCUAUGUGUAUGUAGUUUGUUCUAUUUGUUAUGUAUUAUUGAAGUAUGUAUUACACCAGCAGGGGCAGAGUGUUGCAGAAAGGCAGGUUAGUGGUUACACUCUGGUGUGCCAGGUAUACCAAGAUAUUAGGCAUGUUUCAGACAGCACUAUUGCGUUUCAAAAAGUGUCCACGAUUUCAUUACUGAAACACGAAAAUGAUACUCAAAGUUAAUCCAAACAAAAAGAAAAAUGCAUUAGUUAAGAUUUCUCGAUAUUUCGUAACGUUUCACACUUAUGACUUUGAAGUCAGUUUCAAAGCUCUUUUCAAAAUGUCCGCUCUAGUGCACUGGGGUUUGAGAUCGGGGGGGUGUCAAACAGG